UGUCUUGUGUUACGUUCUUCGCGCGUCGCAACUUUCAAUUAGCGUAAUUAGUGUUUCGUUACUUAGAAUGAGUUAAGAGUGAUGUAUGGUGAUUUGGAAAUUUAUGUGAUUUAAAUUAGCGAUGUGGUGGGAAAGAAUUUUUCAAAAAGAAUAUUGUCAUCUUGGAGCAUUAUACUUACUAAUUGGAUUUAUAAAAGUAAUUUCAGCACAAGAAAUUCAAUGUGCUCAUCCAGCAGUGCCGAUCAAUGCGAAGUUAUCGUUAAGCUCCGACACCCUCCUGCCGGGGACGAUCGCCACUUAUAUCUGCGAUGAGGGUUACGAGACCUUCGGCAAUACGUUGGCGUCUUGCUCGCCGUCGGGACAAUGGAUUGGAGAACUUCCCUUUUGCGGCACGAACGUCGCAUUUCGGAAACCCGCAAAUCAAUCCUCCUCGGUACGUGGAGGAGGUGCCAUAAACGCAAACGACGGAGAAAAAAGUACUGAACACGACGGAAAGCGAUGUACCGAAACGCAAAAGGAGGUGAGCCCUUGGUGGUCGGUGGAUCUUCUGCGUCCGUACGCCAUAAAAGUAGUCAGGGUGACGACGAGGGGAUGUUGCGGUCAUCAGCCUCUCCAAGAUAUCGAGAUUCGCGUGGGGAACAGCAGCACCGACCUGCAACGCAACCCGUUAUGCGCUUGGUUCCCCGGAACAGUCGACGAAGGUGUAACCAAAACGUUCACGUGCGCCCGAUCCUUGACCGGCCAGUACGUCUUCCUGCAGCUUGUGGGAGUUGAAGGUUCCCUAUCGUUAUGCGAGGUGGAAGUGUUUACAACGGAAGAAUUUUCGGUGGAUCGCUGCGCGCCGCGUUUGGCACCGGAAGACGCACAGCUCGCAGCGUUCGCAAGGACAUGCUACGAAUUCGGCGUCGGUCGCGGCGGUUCAUUUGCCGAGGCUCGAGCCUACUGCAAGAGCCACAACGGCGAUCUGGUGCAUUCGUUAGGACCCGGUGACACACUCUUCAUACACGCGGAGCUUGAGAGAAGAAAGGCGAAGUUAAAGACGCAAUUAGUAUGGAUCGGGGUACAAAAAGAGCCAGGAUUCACGUCGAGAGUUUGGAAAUGGGUUAAUGGGGAGACGGUAACGCGCCCUGCUUGGGGAAAGGACCAACCCAACAACUACAACGGGGAGCAGAACUGCGUGGUUCUGGACGGUGGUCGGGGAUGGCUUUGGAACGACGUCGGUUGCAACCUGGAUUAUCUCCACUGGAUUUGUCAGCACAAUCCUUCAUCUUGUGGAAGUCCGGAUAAAAAGUUGAACACAACAAUCAAAGGCAGUAAUUACGACGUGGGUUUCAAAAUCGAAUACGAAUGCCCCACCGGCCACGUUUUAAUUGGGGACGCCACGAGGAAUUGUGGCAAAGAAGGCUUUUGGUCUGGAACGGCGCCUUCCUGCAAAUAUGUGGAAUGCGGGGGUUUACCCGAUUUGGAACACGGUACUGUGUCAAUGGUCGAUAAUCGCACGACAUACGGGGCCAAAGCCAUUUACAGCUGUCACGAGAAUUAUACGUUGCUCGGACGAGAAACUCGGUACUGCAAAGAAAAUGAAACUUGGUCCGAGUCCACACCGAAGUGUCUGUUCGACUACUGUCCAGAUCCGGCCUAUAUUUCGGGUGGUAUCGUGAAGAUUAGCGGGCAUAGGGCUGGAGAUACAGCCGUUUACACUUGCCAGCCUGGGUAUAUCAUUUUUGGACAAAGUGUCUUAUCGUGCGCCUUAGGAGGGGAGUGGAUGGGGAAAGCGCCGACUUGUAAAUAUGUCAACUGUGGUACGCCCCCCGCAAUCGACAACGGAAAAUACGAACUGGUUAAUGGUACCACUAGUGUUGAUAGUAUCAUCGAGUACUUUUGCAACGGGGAUUAUUGGCUUGAUGGGCAGCGGAAGCAAUUUUGCACAAGAGAGGGGAAGUGGUCUGCCGAUGCGCCUUCGUGCGAACUAAUCACUUGUGAUGAACCUGAAGUGCCAGCUGGAAGUUACGUGGUGGGUUACGACUUCAACAUCCAUUCGUCGAUCGAGUACCACUGCGAGGUAGGCCACGUUCUACACGGGGAUGCUGUACGCGAAUGCAGUGGCAGUGGUGAAUGGUCGGGGUCUAUGCCUACAUGCGAAUACAUCGACUGCGGGAAAGUACCCACUUUGCUCUACGGAAACGUGGAAUACACAAAUUCGACAACUUACGUUGGUAGCGAACUGCAGUACAGUUGCGCCCGCAGUUACAGACUGACGGGUGUUCCAAAAAGAUACUGUUUACCCAACAAGCAAUGGAGCGACUCGUCUCCAAAGUGUGAAGAAAUUAGGUGCCCGGAACCCAUCCUGGCAGAGCACAGCAUUCUAUCCGUUACAGGAAAUGAUCGCGCCUAUGGACGAACAUUGAUACGAACCGCCGAGUCUACGAAUAAUGGGGCAACGUCGUUUAAGAUUGGCGCAAUUGUCAAGUACAGAUGCGAACGGGGCUACAAAGUGAUCGGGGAACCUUUGAGUACGUGCGAAGAUACGGGACAAUGGAGCGGCGACGUACCUCGCUGUGUUUAUGUCGACUGUGGAAAUCCUCCGAAGCUUGAAAAUGGAAAGGUCAGCUUGGCAUCCAAUGCGACGUACCAUGGAGCUUUGGCUUUGUACAGUUGUGAUCCAAACUUUGAACUAGACGGAGUGUCACGAAGACUUUGCCAAGACAACGGAACGUGGAGCUCCGAUUCUCCCAACUGUGUUGAAAUACAAUGUAAAGACCCUGACGCAUUCCAUGGUGUUCACGUGCAAGUCAGCACACAUAGCGUGGGUGGUAUCGCGCAUUACUCCUGUCCCAGGGGCCAUACAAUGGAAGGAAACUCGACUCGAGUUUGUCUCAAAAAGGGCUCAUGGACUGGACAAGCGCCCACCUGCCUGCCAAUCGACUGCACCCAUCCUGGAACGAUCGAGAAUGGCAGAAUUAUUGUGAUGAACGGCACCACGUACAAUAGCGCAAUUGAGUACCACUGCAUCCCACAAUACGAACGGAUCGGGCCGUACCUACGCAAGUGUUUGGAAACUGGAGAUUGGUCCGGAGAAGUUCCGAGAUGUGAAGUGGCAUCUGCGGAACCAGAAGAUUCGUCUAGUCUAGGGACAAGCAUCGGUAUUGGAGCUGGAGUUGUCCUGUUUCUUCUCAUACUUUUAGGAAUUAUUUAUUUAAAACUGCGAAGAGAGACGCCCGUGAAAAACACCGAAAACGUGGAGGGGGCAGAGAGGAAGGAAGACCGUAACGCGGCCGUCAUGAGCUACGCAACUUUAAGCGACAGAAACGGGUACUCGCAUCCGCCCUUAACGCCCAACCUUUACGAAAACGUGCACGAUGAGAACAUGUACGACGCGCCCUAUGAAGAGACAGGGCGAGAUAGCGGCACCUACGAACCCGAACCGAUAGGAAGGACAAACGGAAAUACAGUUACUAUAAACGGAGUACACGUGCGAUAGUUUUUUCGUUGAGUAGUUUUAGGCGAAAUUUUGUUAUUUCUUGUUAAAAUUUUGCAAAAAAGGACCUCCGAACACGAAUUCCUUGCAUGUACAUAAAUAAUUUUUAAAGGUAUUAUUGAAGGGUGUGAAAUUUACAGGGGUAGUUUUGAAUGGUGUAACGAUGGAAAAGCUAGGAAAGCCAAAUAAACUGUAUAAAAUUGUGCCUUCUUCGUUGUUUAUAGUAAUAGUUGACAGACAGUCGUUUUCGGUUUCAAUGAUUUUGUUUAAAAAUUAUUUAUUUCUCCGCAACUUUAUUUUUAUACCUAAGAGUGUGUGAUGUAAAUGUGAAUGUGUGUAAAUUUAGGUAGUUAUUGUUUGUAAAUACGUGUAAUGUAUGAAUAAUGUAUAUUA